AUGAAAUGUUUAUCUUCUCUUGAGAAACUGAUCUUCCUAAGUCCUAACACUAGUAUUGCAAUAGACAGUAGUUGGGAUAAAACAGAUUCUUAUGUCAUACAUGCUCUGUGUUCUUUUAAUAGCCUAACUGGAGGAGGUGACAGAGAAAUUCUCUGGGAAUUUUCUCACCAUGCCUUUGUGAAGCACAUAAACAUUUUUUGUGAGGCUAAUAAAUGGUUGUAUAUGUCUCUGAUAAAAACUAUUUUUCCUGAGUUGGCUGUUGCUGUAGAGUUCCUGAAGAAUGCACCCAAAGGGAAUUGUGAUGCCAUACAUAUCUACAUUAUCAGUCCUGCAGGCAAGGCCAAAGAACUUGCUGAGAGACCUUUAAUUGAGAGUUGGCAAUGGCAAGAGCAGAGUGUGCACUGGCUUCAUACCCAUGUAAAUGAGGAUCUGAUAUCUGUAUGCCUUUCAUGUGUUCGACUCAUUAUGGACCGACUAGCUACCAUGCCUACCAAUUCAAGCCUUCAAGUGGAAUUUAAAUUGUUAAACCAGGUAGACCUCAAGAUGAUUUUUGAAUUUGAAUCCAAUCAACCCUUUCUAGAAGUAUGA